UUUCAGUUUAGUCCCUGUCUAGAGUACGAAGGUAGCACAAGUUCUAUACCGAACACCUUGGAUCGUACAACUACCACCCCCCCCCUUUUCAAGAAAAACUAGCAUCGAUAGUGCACCUAAUUUUUGUAUGAGACCAUAAUUUUUAUUUGAAGGGAUUUCUUAUUGCAGGAUGGACUUGCACAAUGUUGACCGCAUCGUGUUGAAGACAUCCUCUCUUGGUCUGAAAAUAUUAUACACCGGCAUCUAUUAAACGAAAAAUACCCAGGCUGUCCACAGAUUCAUAUUUAUACAAACGUAUUCUCCUUACGAUGUGAUCAUGGAAUCUCCUACUCCUUCCAUAGAUUCUUUAGCUGGAAUCAACUGUGUUGGCUCACAACUAGAUCAAGAAUUCACAUCGUCAUCUUACACAACUAGUAGCGAUUCUCCUGUCACAGUAUCGCCUACAACAUCAGUCAUCAGUAGUAGCAGCAUUGGAAGUAGCGUACAGUUCAACACUAGAUGUGGUCUAUGUCAUGAGACAUUUGUCAAUCCCAAAGUAUUACCUUGUCUCCAUACAUACUGCCAAGCCUGCCUUGAAAGAAAUCAAGAACAUCCAGAUAAGCUUACGUGCCCUCGUUGCCAACAAGAGUGUCCCUUGACAUCAAAAGGAAUAUCAGCAUUACUGCCAGACUUUGCAAUUCGAACUGUAAUUGACUCGUCCGACGAACCUAAGGUAUUUUGUACUAGUUGCAAAAGUAAAACUACUGACGCAGUUGCAAGGUGCUACGAUUGUAAAAAUUUUCUGUGUCCUAAUUGCGUAAUGGCUCAUCAAUUUAUGCAUUGCUUCGAAGGACAUCGGGUGAUGACUUUGUCAAAUGACGCUGUCAAAGAUGACUCUAAAAAUGGCCUUAUUUCACCAUCGGAAAAAGUAAUAUCCUGCCCAAGACAUAAAAUGGAAGUUUUGAAAUAUUUUUGCAGAUCAUGCAACAUACCUGUGUGCAAAGAGUGCACACUAAUUGACCAUCCUGCGGGGAUUCAUGAGUGUGAGCAUUUGACUGAUGUAGGAGCAAAGCAUGUCGAUCUCCUAAAUCAGACAGUUCAAGAAAGCAAAUCAAAAGCGACUGAUAUUCGAAAUAUGUUAAAAACUCUAGAGCAUUCAUCAGGGAGGCUACAAGUUCAAUAUCAUAAGGCUCAGAAUGAAAUCAAUGAUACAUUCCAGUUUUAUAGGUCUAUGCUAGAAGAAAGAAAGCAGGAACUACUUAAAGAAUUAGAAAGUGUGUUCUCUGCUAAACAGAUGUCUUUAAGUGUGUUUGGACAGAAGGCGCAAGACACAGUCGAUAGAAUUUAUCAAGCUUGUGAAUUUUAUGACAGACUGACAAAACAUGGAAGCAUUGCUGAGUGUCUUAUGUUCAAAAAGUUGAUAGAAUCAAAACUGCAGGGAUUAACAUCUUUCAAUGUGGAUGCAAAUAUUCAGACCGCUUAUGAUUUAGAAUUUGUUUCCAAUUAUCAGGCUAUUCAAGUAGGAGUAAGGAAUACUUUUGGGUACGUUAGAUCUAGUAGUGAAGUAAACCUUGGUCCGAGUAAACAGCCCCCAAUAGCGAGACCUAUUAAUGGGAUACACCUAAAUGGAAACAGUUCAUCGAUAAAUGGCACUGUAACAUCGUCUUCGACAAUUCACAAUUCUGGUAAUGGAAAUAUGAGCAUUAAUACUUUAAAUGGAGUUCUUGACCGCCCUUAUACCAACGGAAUCACAAGUGGAAACACCCAAUUUGAAUCUAACAUUAUAUCAAAAAGAUUUAGUACAGCGAAUUCAUUGGGGCCUUUUUCGACUUCAGUUAGCGAUUUGAAUCUUAAUGGUGUUAACUCUUAUGAAAAGUGGUCAAAUGGUGGUGCUGAUAUUUUCCAAAACGGCUCUUCUGACCAUUAUCCACUUUCACUAUCAAGUCAUGGAGAUUCUGUUAUUGAUAUUAGUUCCAAACUUCUAUCAACAUCUAUAUUUCCACCCAAAUCACAGAUUAAAAGACAAAAAAUGAUUUAUCAUUGCAAAUUUGGUGAAUUUGGCGUUUUGGAGGGGCAAUUUACAGAGCCAAGUGGUGUUGCUGUCAAUGCUCAAAAUGAUAUAAUUGUUGCAGACACUAAUAAUCACCGUAUACAAAUAUUUGAUAAGGAAGGACGAUUCAAAUUUCAGUUUGGUGAAUGUGGAAAACGGGAUGGACAGUUGCUUUACCCAAAUAGAGUAGCAGUUGUAAAAACAUCUGGAGAUAUAAUUGUUACAGAAAGAUCACCAACACACCAAAUUCAGAUAUACAACCAAUACGGACAGUUUGUCAGAAAAUUUGGGGCCAAUAUUCUACAACAUCCAAGAGGUGUAACUGUGGACAGCAAGGGAAGGAUUGUCGUUGUCGAAUGUAAAGUUAUGAGAGUUAUUAUAUUUGACCAAUCAGGAAAUGUGCUACAAAAAUUUGGUUGUUCAAAACAUCUUGAAUUUCCAAAUGGUGUUGUUGUAAAUGACAAACAAGAAAUAUUCAUAAGUGAUAAUAGAGCACAUUGUGUAAAAGUAUUCAAUUAUGAAGGGGUAUUUUUGAGACAAAUUGGAAGUGAAGGCGUCACAAACUACCCUAUUGGGGUUGGGAUCAACUCAGCGGGUGAAAUUCUGAUUGCUGACAAUCACAAUAACUUCAAUUUAACAAUAUUCACUCAAGAUGGACAGUUGGUAUCUGCAUUAGAAAGUAAGGUAAAGCAUGCUCAAUGCUUUGAUGUCGCCUUGAUGGAUGAUGGGUCUGUCGUACUUGCAAGUAAAGAUUACAGGUUAUACAUUUACAGAUACGUUCAGAUUCCUCCGAUAGGACUAUAAAAUCCUAAACAUAUCCAUGGUAUUUUUAAAAUUAAGAUUGUGUUAACAAUAUUAAAACCAUUCCUGACACUUUGUUGGUGCAUUUAUUUAAAAUUAGGAAUGGUGUGUGUUCAUUUCAGUUUUACUUCCUGGAUAAAAUAUUUAUUUUUACAAGUAAUUGUCCAAUUGUUAAAAGAUAAACAAGUGUUGAUAAACUGUCAUUUUAUUUAUAUAAAUAUCAAACAAAUUAGAAUUAGUAUUUGUUUAUAUGUCAGACUUAGGAUAUAGGCACCUAUCAUUGAAUUGGAUUUUUUUAUAUAUAUUGUGACAAACAUAAAUGAUUUAUGUGUGACCACUUUUAAAAUGUCACAAAUUUGUUGUGCGAAAAAAGAUUUAUAAGAUUUAUGUGUGUUAUUCAUAUACAGCUGGAUGGUAGUCAAAAGACAACUAUUUAUGGAAAGGGCAGAAAAAUCAUUAGCUUACAUCUCACUAAUUGUUAUUUGGAUAUCUCAGUCUAAACAUAAUUUUUAAAAGUUUCAUUAGUGAUCAGUCUAAGACUUUUAGCAACCUAUGGACUGCACUUAAAAUUCACUAAGUAUUAUGGUAGAAUAUAAUUAGGGAAUUUCAAGUAACAAUCAAUUAUUACAUCACACCUUAUCUGGUUUGUGAUUGGGAUGACCCUAAAAAUGGGGCAAUAUUUUUGUAUUUUAGUAGUAUUUACUAUCCUUUGUUAAGAUAUCAUAACUUUGUUACAAAAAAUGAAAUAAAAUGAAAACUGGCGACACCAACAUUGUUGAGCGAUGUAAGAAAUGCGCACCCUAGUCACAGUUAGU